GCUUAGCUUAGCAUUGUGUAGCGCUGCGUAACAAACUCACGAAUGCUACACUAGUAGCAUGGUGCAACGUUUCCCUGCAGGAGAGCCUUCAGUUGGAGACAAAUGAGGGGCCAAAUAAGGACGUAUAAAUACAAGGGCGAUAAAACGUCUCCUCCGAUGUGGAGGUUACGUUUUCCACAACGUUGUUUUGUCCGUUUUACUUUCAGUACUGGGAUGACGUCAGGGAAGAAAUGACUGAACUGGAUCCGGGGGCACUUUCUCAUAUGUUGGGCUGGACUUGGUGGAGGUUUGCACUUGCUCAGUGCUUUUCUAGUUUUUGUUUCCCAUCAGAGGAACUCAUGAUGUGGUAUAUUUCACGACACAGCACUGCGUACAAUACUCACCAGGAUCCAUGGAAAGCACCGCAGCUUAGAACUGUGAAGCACAGUUGAGCAACUCAGAGUUGCAGUGUUCGUAAAAGCGCCUUUAUAAGGAAGGAAGUGAUGAGUUGCUGCCUCAGUAUAUGACGGUCCCUCAUGAACACUGAAUCAGUGAGUGACUUGGACUGAGCUCUGGAAGACGCCCCGCGCUGCUGGCAGCUCUGCAGAAGACAGACACGUGUUUUUCUUUGAAAUGGACCUUCAGUGACGCAGACUCAGCUGGGUGUGUGUGUUUUCAGGACUGCGGGACCGAAGCAGGUUCAGCGACACCCCACGAGAGCCCGACAGACUCGAAGACAAUGGAGGGUUCCGCCACGCCGACUCCACACGGCUCAGCGGACGAGUCAGACGCUGCUGCCCCGCCGAUGCACCCUCUCACCGUCAUGUCUCUGAUCGUCUACUGCCUGGCCUUUGUCCUGGGCGUCCUGGGCAACGGCGUGGUCAUCUGGGUGACCGGCUUCAAGAUGAAGAAAACCGCCAACACGGUGUGGUUUCUCAACCUGGCGGUGGCCGACUUCCUCUUCACAGCCUUCCUCCCUCUGAGCGUGACCUACGCCGCCAUGGGUUUCCACUGGCCCUUCGGCCAGGUCAUGUGCAAGCUCAACAGCGCUGUCAGCUCCCUGAACAUGUUCGCCAGCGUCUUCACCCUCAUGGUGAUCAGCGUGGACCGGUGCAUCUGCGUGGUGAGGCCCAUCUGGGCUCAGAACAACCGAAGCGCCAGAAAGGCGUCCUGGGCCUGCUUGGCCAUCUGGGCGGCCUCAGUGUUGCUGUGCGUCCCGAUGCUCGUCUUCCGAGACACCAUCACCAUCAACACUGUGACCUUUUGCUUCAAUAACUUCGAGCUGGUCGACCCCGCGGUUCCAGCUCCGCGAAACACGGCUUUGUUUCAGUUUCGCCUUCAAGCAAUGACCAUCACUCGCUUCGUCCUGGCUUUCCUCAUCCCGUUUCCCGUCAUCAUCUGCUGCUACGCCGUGAUCAUCCACCGCCUGCGGAAACGCCCGUCCCUCGCCAGCCAGUCCACGCGCACCUUCAAGCUCAUCGCCGCGGUCGUGAUCGCCUUCUUCCUGUGCUGGGUGCCUUUUCACAGCGUCACCCUGCUGGAGAUCAUCAGCUUCAGCACUGGCACGCACCCCUUCGCCCAGGUGCUCUCCGUCGCCACCCCCAUCGCCACCAGCCUGGCCUACUUCAACAGCUGCCUCAACCCACUGCUCUACGUCUUUGUCGGCCGAGAUUUCAAAGAGGAAAUCGGCAAAUGUAAAUCCUUGCAGAAGCUGAUGGAGACCGCGCUUUGGGAAGACGGGUCGCACGGAAAAACAACCGCUGAAAGCAACGUGUCGUGCGACUCUGAGUUAUAAAAGGACUUUUCCUAGCACAAAAUCUAUUGAACGGAUUUCAGCAGCUUUAUUUUCUAAACAUCUGUGUGCACUCGGCUUCAGCAACGGACUUGUUCAGU